AAGAGCUCUGGACACCGCUUCCGGUGGCAGGGUCUGGGGAAGGGGCGCCAGGCGCCAUGUCGGGCCGCGAAGGUGGCAAGAAGAAGCCCCUGAAGCAGCCCAAGAAGCAAGCCAAGGAGAUGGACGAGGAAGAUAAGGCAUUCAAGCAGAAACAGAAGGAGGAGCAAAAGAAACUCGAGGAGCUAAAAGCGAAGGCCGCGGGGAAAGGCCCCCUGGCCACAGGUGGAAUUAAGAAAUCUGGCAAAAAGUAAGCCAUUCCUUGUGCCGGAGGCAAUGGUGAUCCUUAAUUCCAUUCCUGUUUAAAUAUCUGGAUUAAACAUCUGGAUUCCCUGCCAUAACAUCUGUUGCCACCUAUAGCUAGAAUGAAGUGAUGUCUUGGAAC